AGUGCGUACUCUUAAAUUGUGCCGGGAUACAAGGCAGCAGUAAAACGAACGAUAACAGAUACCAUUCAACAUUGUCGUUUCGUAGCUCGAAAUAAAAACACGAAAUUUCAACGGAGGAUUUUCUAGGGACUUACGUAACGGACACUAAAGAAAAUUAAACGUUAUAAAAUGUUAUUAUUCCUACUGUUAUUUCUACCUAUUGUAGCAAUGAAACACGUUGCCAAAAAAGACGAUAUUUCAUGCAACGGUCUUAUAUUCGACCACGUCUAUUUCGACAGGGAAGUCUUAGUUGAAAAUCUUGGCAGGCCAUACAAUUUGGUGCUCCAUAAAUUUUCUGGAACGCUAUUCUUCAGUCACACAAUCCAAAAGGGUACGGAAGUAGACUUUGAGAUAAUGUCUUGUAAUUUAAAUAAGAAAACUUGCAAGGAAAUAGAAGGAGUGGCGGGUGGCUACGCUGUUGCGUAUGAUCCAGGAAACGAUGAUAUAUAUUUUGGUGGUCACGAUGGCAUUUAUAAGUAUAAUUUUCUAACAAAGUCCGCUGAAUUCUUUGCGGAGGAUGGCAAGUCAAUAUGGGAAUUGUUUGUAAGAAAGAAUUUUUAUUACAUCGAAUAUCCUGCGCAGAAGCUAUAUGUAUAUGUAGAUGACAGAUUUGUGCAGGUUGAAGAGGCGAUUAAAAUAGAAGUUGAUCAUUUCUUCGUCACUAAACAGUCAGAUGUGUAUUUCUCUAACAGGACAGCGCUAUAUAAAGUAGAAAAGAGUAGUAAGAGUACCAUCGUAUUGGACGAUGAUAUAGCGGUUCGACAAAUAGUGCAAGAUAGCUAUGGAGAUAUCUAUUUUUGUGGUAGUACUGGAAUCUACGUUGAGGAUAAACCAUAUCACAGAAUAAAGAAGGUGGCUCAAAUAGAUAAUGCAUUUGGUAUGACUUUUGAUGAACAUGAUAAUGUGAUAUAUUCUGAUAAAAAUGCAAUAUAUAGAUUACUUCCAAGUAAGAAGAAUUUAAUUUGUUAUGAAAUGAUAACAUCCCAGUCAGAGAAAGAAGAAAAGGGCUUCAAAGAGUAUUUAAUAAGUUAGUAAAUGAAAGACGUAUAAGUUAUUCCUAAAACAAUAGUGAGUCAUGAUUCAAAGACAUGUUUACCAUAGUUUUUAUAAUUUUUUUGAUCGUGAAACCUGGAAUGUUCAUACCGAACGGUACUUGCGAUAGAUUGCAUAUUGAAAAUAAUUGGUACCAAAAGGAAGUUAUAUGGAAAAAUCUGGGAAGACCCUACAAUCUGAACAUUCAUAGGGGAUCGAAUACACUAUUUUUUA